CAAGCAGCACAGACACACAUAUAAAUUUAGAUACACUCCCAUAUAGAUUAACACGGAUAUAAUGCAACUGAAGUGCCUGCUCAUCUGCCUGGGUCUCAGCAUUCUCAUGCUAAGCACACCGCUGUGCGAAGCUCGGCGUGGUCGAGGACGUGGACGAACUAAAUCUAGGGUACAAAUUGGUUUACCCAUUACGGGUAAAUAUCGUGAUCCCGAAUCAGAUCAGUAUUACAACAACAAUAAUGGCGCCAAAAUAUUGCAAGCCUCGCAUUUUGAUUUGGAAUACGUGCUGGGCCAUAAAAUCGCCUUCCUGUGCGUGGCCAAGGGCAACCCAAGACCGCACAUCACCUGGUAUAAGGACGGUGCUGAGAUCUAUCAGCAUUUGUACAUGCAUGUCCACGAGUGGCGCAUUGGCGAGGACAGAGUGAAGUCCAAGAUCGAAAUCGAUCCGGCCACACAAAUGGAUGCGGGACUCUAUGAGUGUACAGCCGACAAUAUGUAUUCCAUCGAUCGACGCAGUUUCAAAACCGAUUUCUCCAUUGCAUUCGAUUAAUGCGAUUCUCUUCUUUUUAACACAAUCCUUUGUUUUUAGCGAUGUCACAAGCCAACAUUUUAAGUUUUUACAAAAUAAAAUUGGUUGAAAAUAAA